UGGACAGUGUAGUAAAUCAUCUAUGUCUUUCUUUCAUUUCUUCCUUCACAGUCACUGUCUCUUUCAUUCCACUUUCAAAUCUCUUUCAUACAAAAAUAAAUAAAUAAAAAUAAAAUCAAACACUUAUUGAAAACCUAUACAACUUUAUCCGUUGUACUUCCAUGGCAACUCUUCGAAGGAGUUUGUUAAACCCACAAGCACCUGCAUAUGUCCCUAUUUCCCACACAAACAACACUCUGUUGUAUCCGCCUCCAUUAUUCCCCUCCAUGCCUUACCAUUUUUUCACUCCGCCACCGCCUCCUCCUCCUCCGUCUGUGCUCCUUCCACCGCCGCCUCCUCCUCCGACUGUGCUGCUUCCACCGCCGUCGCCAUCGCCUCCUCCUCCUCCUAGCGUUGUUUCAGCGCCGCAGGAGAUCAAUGUGAGGCGACAACCAACGGUGAUCACACGCUGGGGUUCGAGUAUUCCUCCGAGGUUUAGACGAGGAGGACGAGGUUUUUGUCCGGCGAAUAAUGGAAAGAGAGGUGGUUUUGGAAGAGGAAGUUCUUCAAACGAGGGUUCAUUUAGGAGGAGAUCAAUCGAAAAUAAUGAAAGACGAGUUGUUUGUUAUGAGAAACGGCCCAGGGUUAAUGGGUUGAAGAAACAUGAGGUCAUACCUAUAAAUUUGAGAAAUAAGAACAAUACUAGCACUUCCACUGUCAUGAUCAAGAACAUUCCAUAUCACUACAGCCGUGAAAUGUUGAUGCAAUUUCUAGACGAGCACUGUUACCUGGAAAACCAAAAGACGAGAGAUUCAAAUGGAGAAAAAAUUAUCUUCGCUUAUGAUUUCCUGUACUUGCCUAUGGAUUUCAAAAACAAGAGGAGCAAAGGCUAUGCAUUUGUGAAUUUCACGGAUCACAGAACCGUGAGGAAAUUUUUUUGGGCUUUUAAUGACAAACUAAAUGUGUUUCCGGGAUCUGCAAGGAGAGUUGAGGUUGUCACUGCGAAGAUUCAGGGAAAAGAGGGAUUAGUGAAUCGUUUCAAGGAAACAAGAUUUGAGUGUGAAUCAGAAGGGUUUCUGCCAGUUUGGUUUAGGCCUCCAAGAGAUGGUUAUGGGGAAUCGGUGCAAAUGAUUACUGUAGGCAAAUGCAAAGUCACUCCAUCUUGCUCAUAUAUUCUCAAGAAACCCUAA